UUUUGUUAAAACUUAUCUGGUGAUUUUCAUGUGAGCCGUUGGCGGCUUGCUAACACCGGUUGUCAGAUGUUUCCAGUCCACCUUCACGACCCUGCCAGUGGUCAUUGAUCGUGUGGUCUCGUCUCCACAUUUCCUCUUAGUUUUGUCCUCUCACAUUUCUAAUCGAAAUGGCUGGCCCAGACCCCCCAGAAGCAGCUAACAUUAAGGGUAUUUGGAAGUACUACAACUCCACCACAGAAGCAGGCCGAGCGGGAGCUGCCAAGAUUACCUUAGCUGCCAUGGGCUUAGCACUUAUUUACUUUACCAUGAAGCCCAAGGCUAAGCCUGCCACAAAGUAAACCCAUUUAGUCAACUGCUUCAUUUAAGAGGUGUAAUGAAGCAUCUCACCCACAAUGUCACUUGUCUUGGAUUUUAUUUGGCAUCUUAACUUGAAAGUCUCCGGUAUUAAUAAAAACAACAAUGAUUAGGUCUUAA